CUCAUCUCCGGCCCUUGGCGACCCUGGCUUGCGCACCGGGGCAGAUGGGUUAAUGCAAAAUGCAGAUGGAUCCCCCGGAGGACCGGGUGCAGGGCGGGGGAGAGGUGCUGCCGAGGCACUCGUCUGUCCUCAUAUCAACCUUUAAGUUUAGCGGGGCCGAAGAAAGGGGUGUGUGCAUUGGGCUUCCCUAAAGGUUACCUGUCACUUGUUAAAAGAGGAAGAGCCUUGAGUUACUGAACCUUUUUAUGCCGUUAUUCUUAGUGCUGGAAGUAGUUCCCCCCCGGGAGGGAGCGACUCUUCAAAAAGGAGGCACCUUUUGCUAAUUUUACUUAUAGUUUAAAGAAAUAGCUGAAGACGGGAUGAAACCUUUGCCUUUUAAAUCUUUAAUUUCAAAGUGGUGGGUUUACAAAAAAAAUGUUGGAAACACUUUUUCUUUGGCAGUGCUAGAAAUUGACUCUCAACUGACUUCUGAGACUAUGUUUACAGUUAAAUUUGUCUAGACCGGAAGGUUGAGUUCACCUACAAACCUCUGUCUUAUUCAGUAUAUUUUCAUCUUUUUUUUUUUUUAAAUGUUCUGGGCACUGCUUUAAACAAGUAAAGAAUAUACUCUUUUUCAGUUUAGAGUUAACCUUUUUAUUCUCUUCUUUUGCAGAUAGGAAGUGCAGAGACUCCCAUUCAUGGCUCUCCAUUCUGUUUCCUGCAACAGCACACACACUCUGGUGUCUCACCUGUUUGGAAAUGGUUUAUUAUUAGUGUGUUUGGUGUGUUUCUGUAUUUAUUUAAUUUCUUUUUUGCUGUACUGGGGGCUGCACCCAGAACCUCCUGCAUGCCAGGCAAGCAUCCUAGCAUCGAGCCACACACACACCCCAGCCUUCUCCCACCUUUCUGUUAUUUUCGAGACGCGGUUGGGUUAAGUUGUCCAUGCUUGCUUCGAACUUGCAAUCUUCCUGACGCAGCCUCUCCCAAGUACUGGUAUGACAGGCAUUUCCCAUCAUACCCCAUAUCCUGGCUUAUGCUUUGCUUUUAAUUCCUUGACCUCCCGUCAAGACACAGGAAUCCUUUUCCAUUUGGGAGCAAGUCUUUAAAGUUCUUAAUGGAAUAUGGUGGUUUGAGGGGAGGGGGGCGGCGAUGGGCACCUAUUCCGUCAGUCUGUAUACUUUGUUAGUCUUCAGGGUUUUUGUUUUGCUUGUUUUUUUUUAUUAUUAUUUUUAUCAGAUUUGGGUUAGUGCUUUAGUUUUCAUAGUUAGAAAGCUGAAUAAGACAGUGCUUUCCGCUGUUGUUUUUAAUAGCAAGAGAGACACUCUAAUGUGUAUGCUAUUGAAUCAAACAGAAGAAGAGGCCAGUGAUUGUGUGAGAAUCUGAAUUUCAAAUCUGCAAAAGAAAGGUGCAGAAAGAGACCAUGAACGUAUGGUGCAAUAGCCCUACUUUUGGUGGGAAAAAUAUACAGCCAUUCUGGUGAAGCAGUGAGUAGUGGUGUUUGGGCCCCAUGGGAUCCCUGUGACAGUAUUUCCCAAAAGGGAAUAUAAGGAUAAACCGGACGCCAUGCAGCUCCAAAGUAACACAUUCCAGGAAGGGAAAGAAGUCAAGCGAGAAGUGAACGGUGCUGUUCCCGAUAACCUUUCUCCAGUCCCUCCUCCUGAGCACCUGUGGACUUCCAAGCCACCUCCUCUCUUCCACGAAGGAGCACCUUAUCCUCCCCCCUUGUUUAUCAGGGACACAUAUAACCAAUCAAUACCUCAGCCACCUCCUCGGAAAAUUAAGCGACCCAAACGAAAAAUGUACAGGGAAGAACCCACUUCAAUAAUGAAUGCGAUUAAGCUACGGCCCAGGCAAGUCCUGUGUGAUAAGUGUAAAAACAGUGUUGUUGCAGAAAAGAAGGAAAUUAGAAAAGGUAGCAGUGACUCUUCUAGGUAUGAAGAUAAAAAACGGAGAAAUGACAGUGUAGCUACUGUGAACAAAAAACUGAAAACUGACCAUAAAGUGGACGGGAAAAACCAAAACGAAAGCCAGAGAAGAAACGCUGUGGUGAGGGUUUCCAAUAUUGCUCACAGCAGAGGCAGAGUAGUCAAAGUUUCUGCUCAGGCAAACACGUCAAAAGCUCAGUUAAGUACCAAGAAAGUGCUCCAGAGCAAGAACAUGGAUCACGCAAAAGCUCGGGAAGUAUUGAAAAUUGCCAAAGAAAAGGCACAGAAGAAGCAGAGUGAAACCUCUACUUCCAAAAACACCCACCCGAAAGUCCAUUUCACACGGCGCUAUCAGAAUCCUAGCUCAGGUUCCCUCCCUCCUCGAGUGCGUUUAAAACCACAAAGGUACAGGAAUGAAGAAAACGACUCUUCUCUGAAGACAGGACUGGAGAAAAUUCGGAGUGGCAAGCUGGCCCCUAAGCCGCAGUCUCGCUGCACCUCUACCCGCUCAGCAGGUGAGGCCCCUUCAGAAAAUCAGAGUCCCUCAGAAGGCCCGCAAGAGGCCGCCAGUGAGGUUCAGGACACAAGCCAAGUGCAUGUGCCUGGUGAGCAGGAGGACCUGCAGACGGUGGGCGAAAAGGGCAGCAAAAGCAAUAUCUCUGUUUACCUGACCCUAAAUCAAGAGAAAUCUGACUCUUCCGGUGCUUCAGUGUGUAGCAUUGAUAGCAUGGAUGAUUUGAAAUCCUCCAACUCUGAGUGUAGCUCUUCUGAGAGCUUUGUUUUUCCUCCAGGCAGCAUGCUUGCACCUUCCACUUCUUCCACUUCCUCUUCUUCAAUGGAAGAAUUCAGUAAUUCCUUGAAAAUGAAAAUCUUUUCCAAAAAUGUCUCUAAAUGUAUCACACCAGAUGGGAGGACCAUAUGUGUAGGGGACAUUGUUUGGGCCAAGAUAUAUGGCUUCCCAUGGUGGCCAGCCCGAAUUCUUACCAUAACUGUAAGCCGGAAAGAUAAUGGCCUUUUAGCCCGACAGGAGGCCCGUAUCUCAUGGUUUGCAUCUCCAACAACAUCUCUCCUUGCUCUUUCACAACUCUCCCCCUUUCUAGAGAACUUCCAGUUACGCUUUAAUAAGAAGAGAAAGGGUCUGUAUCGCAGGGCUAUCACAGAGGCAGCUAAGGCUGCUAAGCAGCUGACGCCUGAAGUGCGGGCUUUGUUGACACAGUUUGAAACGUGAACAUGGACAGUAAGCACAAAGACAUUAACAGACUGCUGGCUUCUUGGAUGUGUGCCACUUUGACAGAGCAAGAACAUCAAUCAGGACUGGCUAAGAUGGGAGUGUGAAGCUGCACUAAGAAGUAAAUGUUAAAGCAGUGGCUAAACCAGUCAUCUGUACAGGGCACUGGCAGAGUAGACUGAAUGGAAGAGAAGGUAUUAGGGAAUUUUUAUAUGUAUAAAAGAAACAAACUGCUGCAAUAAAUUAUGCAUGAGGUGAGGAGAAAAGUGGUGUGAACACCUGCAGGAUGCACUCAGUGCGAUGUGGAAGAAUCACUGACGAUAGCUUCUUUUGAAUGUGAACAGUAGUUUGGACAGGCCUACCAGGCAUGGGAUGGUACAGAAAUGUGGAAUUGUUUUGCAUACUUAACCUUUGUGCUUUCUCCAAGGAUUAUGUUUAUCAGUUCAGAAGUAAGCAGAGGUGUGUUUAAAUGGUGCUCCUGUGAAACAGCAGUGGUCACGUGUGAGAAGGCCACUGCUUCCUUCAGGUGCCCAUGGAAACAAGAGGAAGACGAUCUGACAUCCUGCUGAAAGGAUGGCUAAGUGCCCCGUCCCACCCACAAGUAAAAUGUGGAUCUUCUCUCUCUCUCUUUUUUUUUUUUUUUAAUAAAACAGGGCUGUAUUAUCUUGAAUAUAUGUUUGCUUGUUAGAGCAUAUUAAGAUGUAUUUAUUUGCCACUAGUAUUUAACGUUUUGUGCACAUUUUCAUAACUACAUUCUUACCUUUUCAUAUUUUGACUCCCAAGUGGAUAGGCUAGUGUUGACCUUGGAAUGAAAUUGUACACUCCCAAGAACUAGCUCAUCAUUCUCCUGAGCUGGACAGGCUUUGAUUAUCGCCUCUCCCCUACUGAGUGGUGCUGUUGAGAAAGGGUGCCAGCAUCAGUGUUGAUCUGGACCUCUUUCCACAGCAGGAGGCCCCUACUUCUCAGUGCAGGAAGUUCUCGCAGGUGUCAGGGAAGACUUGGCCCUGGGGGACAAGUGGCAGAAACAGAUCCUUGAAAACAGCCUAAACGUUUGGUGCAUGGAACAUGAAUUCUUAAUAGAGACCACAGAUUUUCCUUGUCUUUGCUUACAUACAUAUUAUGAAAAUCCUUAAUUUUUUUGUUUAAUAAAUGGAGAACACAUGAGAAAAUCAGAUGGACCUGUUAGUACUACAUUUUUAAAGCAUUUUAUAUUUGAUGGUGCCGUAAUUUUAAUAAUAAAACUGAAGAUUUUUAGUGGCAAUACUGAUUUAUUUUUUAAACCAGAAAGAUAACACCAUAUUGAUUACUUACUACAAAAAGAAAAAAAGAAAAAAAAAAGCCAAAAGAAAAGAAACUAACUCACAAAACUCAUUCAAAGACACACAACAGAGGAGCGAGCACUUGGCUCAAGAGUUCACUUUCUGUGAUCUUUCUGUGUGGGUGAGAUUACCCAACAGCCCAUUGCUCAGGAUUAAUAAAUGCUCUAGGUGGGAUUUUUAGAUUGUUUAAUAUACCUGACUGUGAUUUGCUAUAUAACUCAAGAAGAAAAGCCGGGUAGUCUGGAGUCUAGUGAGCUUAAUUCAGAUCCUAACACACUGCAAGUGCUGGCAAGUCCUGACUGCAUUUUACAAAUGAUCUCUUUGGAUCUAUAUCAUGACGUCAUCUUAUCACAUGGGCUCAGGAACUAUAACAGCAGGGAGCUGUGGGAAGACUUGAAGCACAGCUCCAGGCUCUGGGGUCAGUCUGGUCUUAGACCCCAACACCAGCAGUAACUUUAUGCUCACUCAGGAACCAGGUGUCUCCCAAGCCAUGUGACAUAUGCAUGGAUUGUAUCAGGAAACCUUUAAGCUUUAGAAAUCUUUAUUUGUAGAGUAAUGGAAUUGACCAAAAAGUAAUAUUAAGAAGGCAAAAGCACUGGGAAAGAUCAGGUUUUAAGAAUCUACAUAUUUUUUUCUUCAUGACAAAUCCUUAAAGGCAUUUUAUUACAAACUAGAUUUUCAUUAAAAAAAAAAAAAACACUUGGUGGUAUUUAAAAUCUAGACCUACCAUGUUACAACUUCAUUUUUAUUGCUUUAGUUGCUUAAUAUUUAAGCUCUGCUUCAUGCUACCUUGUCUGUAUUUCAAAUCCUCACAGGCCUAUUUCAUUUGUAGACUUGAAUGACACAUUGUUCUCACCUUCCAUCUGCUCAGAGUUAAAUGUUAAAGAAUGUUGUGUAAUGUUAUCCAAUAAAGUCUUUGAUUUUUUUUAUUUAA